UUCGUCUGCCGGAAUAUAUACAUAUUGUCUUGAUCUUAAUCAUCGUCUUGGCUUGCUUCUGUUUUGGGACCGUCACAAAAAGAUUUUAAAGGAAAAAGGGGGUUAUCAUCACUGCAUUCCGGAUUCUGUUCCUCGGGGCUGGGACCGGACGUUUCAUGGCGUCAAAACUGCUUUUUCUGAUUUUAUUCUCGAGGGCCUUCCGUUCAGCCCUGUUGCUUUUUUUAUCGUUUCAUUUUAGCAUGCGUCGUGUCUUUUUCUUGGACUUGGGUGGCUUUCCUGGGUUUAUAUGUAUACAACACUUAAAUUCUAGUCUAAUUAUCUGGAUUGCCAUCAAUGCUUGUCUACUAUUUGCACAAUUGCGCACUCCGCACUCCAUGACAUUGAGCUGAGACGACCCCUAGCGCGGCAGAUUCUACGAGCACUGUAUGUAUUGAGUACAUCAUGCGCCAGUGGCCU